CAUGCACUUUAUUUAAUUCAGUGAAGUGUUACGUGCGUGUGUGAAACUUUGACAUUGAUGCAUGUCAGUAACAAUGCAGGUGCAUUGUCGUUGAGGCAGAUCUUUUAAGAAAAAACCAAAGGCCUGCAAAGGAAAGAGUGCGGUAGAUUGGUUUCAAAUUCUGCUUGCAAGGGAGUGGUGGCAUUUUGCACUUUGGCUCUGUCAGAAAUAGCCCCGCAUUGAAUUAAUCAAAUGGAUUCUUAAACAGUGAGGUCAGGAAUGAAUACAUUUGGUGGAAACUCUAAAGCUAAUUCCUACACCAAUAUGGAGUUUGAUCAGCCAUUUACAUUCACCAGUCUGAAAAAACUGGCUACUCCCAGUCACACGGAUGUCACCUUGUCACCACAAGAGCGAGUGAGGGUUCUCACCAAAAUGGGUUGCAACAUUGAAAUCAGUGAGUGCAUUACACCUCGCCGCUAUUUCCGGUCUGGAGUCGAGAUGGUCCAAAUGGCAGCUGUUUACCUGGAAGAAGGAAAUCUUGAAAAUGCUUUUGUCCUUUACAACAAGUUUAUAACUUUGUUUGUAGAGAAAUUACCAAAGCAUCGUGAUUAUCAAACAUGUGCAAUACCAGAAAAACAGGAUAUUCUGAAAAAAUUGAAAGAAGUUGCAUUUCCAAGAGCAGAUGAUUUGAAGGCACAGCUGAUUGCCAAAUAUAGUGCUGAAUACCAAGAAUAUCUAUCUGCCCAGAGCAAAGCCAAAGAUGGUGAUUCCGGAAAACAGCUACAUAAUAAGUUGAUUGAGGAAGAAAAAUUACGUGUGGCCAGGAUUCGGCAACAGCAGUUGGAAGUGCAACAGUUUCAUUUCUUUGAAGAGCAGCUGAAGAAACAGGAUUUUCAGAAGGAGAGACAGAAAGAGCUGAAGCUGAGAAUGUCAGAACAGAGUGAUGGGGGGAUGUUAACCUGCACUGCAGCAGCACGUGAACAGACUGAGCCUACCAUGUCUGCAUGGCGCGCAGUAAACGCUGCCAGCCAAGUGCCAAGCGAUGCCCAACCAGGUUGGUGCCCUCCAGUGGACAGGUCCCUGAAACCACAGAGCUCAGCUGCAAGGCAGAGUGUCGAUGGCCUUCAACAUAUUGUCCUUCCAAAAAACCUUUGCCAAAGAUUUUUGAUGCAGGCCGAGACCAAUACAGCACGAGGAAUAGAAACCUGUGGAAUUCUUAGCGGAAAGCUGACACACGAUAAGUUCAUAAUUACACAUGUGAUAAUACCCAAACAGUCCGGGGGACCAGAUUAUUGUGACACAGAGAAUGAAGAAGAACUAUUUACUAUUCAGGACCAGCAUGGCCUCAUCACUCUAGGCUGGAUCCAUACUCAUCCAACACAGACUGCAUUUCUGUCAAGCGUGGAUCUUCACACUCACUGCUCUUACCAGCUGAUGCUGCCAGAGUCUAUUGCAAUUGUGUGCGCUCCUAAACACAACGAAACUGGAGCCUUCCGCCUGACUCCUGCAGGGAUACAUGAAGUGUCCUCCUGCCGAAAGAAAGGCUUUCACCCACAUUCAAAGGAGCCACCUCUGUAUCAAACUUGCAAACACAUCGUUGUAAAGGAUAUGAGUAUCAUCAUCAUGGACAUGAGGUGACAGCAUGAGACUACUACAAUCCUGGAGUCUGUAUAAAUUAUUUAGAAUAAACAAUAUGUUGCUUUCAGGUUUUUAUGACCAGUUUCAGACAACUGGAUUAUUUAACACUUUUUGUACAUUCAGGUGAAAUAAAGUGAAAUAAGGUGGUUAAUAUUUCUUUUUGAAAUGCACCAAGUAUUUCACAUGUAUAAUGUGAAAUUGCAAAUGCUAGUUAUGUCCAGAAGUGUUUAUAAAAUUGACCCUGAACUUCACUCAGAAGCCAAUAAAUGCUGUUCAUUUCUUU